AAGACCUUUGAGGUAAGGCCCGAUCAAGCUAUGGAAGGAAGAAGGAUUCUCAUAGUAAAUAAUGCGUUGAAGUGGUUCUCAAACGUCGUCGUGAGGUUGUCAAACCGUGGUGAUGCCGAGCCGUUGCCUCAAAAUGAACCUCGGCUUGUGUGCCCUUGCCUACCGAGAUAGUCGUGGAGAAGCUGGAGCUGAGCUCUCACGGCCAACGUCUAUCACUCCACUCUUUAUAUCUCACAACAAAUCCAUCCCAUUCUCAAUUACUGUGCUUCACCGUCCUCAGCGUCCAAAUAAAAGCAGUCAACUCUUUCAGCGAUUCAGCAAGAAGCAACUAAACAGCAGCCAUGUCGGACAAGAUCCCCAUCAUCGUAAGUCGCCUCCACGCCCAAUACCUACCUCUACAACGGCUAACAGAACAUCAAAGGCAGCAAAUAGAGUCGGCGACAAGGCAAAGAAAACCAUCGAUAUCUUGAAGAAGUUUGUCGAUGAAAGAUGCAUACCGUAAAUACCUCCCUCGUUUCCCUCCAAAGCUUCAAGCAUUAAUGCAACAACCCGCAGAGCCGACGCCAUUUACACAGCUCAACUCGGAGCAGGAACCGAUAGAUGGGAGCACCACUCCUCGGUUCUCGACGACCUCAAAGUCGAAGCGCAGAAGCUAGGACUAUGGAACAUGUUCCUGCCAAAAGGCCACUACAAAGAAUCUCCCGGCUUUUCGAAUCUCGAAUAUGGAUUGAUGGCAGAGAUAUUGGGAAAAUCAAGAAUUGCGUCUGAGGCUUGCAAUUGCUCUGCUCCAGAUACAGGAAAUAUGGAGGUGUUUGCCAGAUAUGGAAAUGAGGCACAGAAGAAAGAGUGGUUGGUGCCAUUGAUGGAGGGGAAGAUCCGGUCUGCGUUCUUGAUGACGGAGCCAGAGGUUGCUUCUUCUGAUGCUAAGAAUAUCCAAUUGAGCAUGGUGAAGGAUGGCAACGAUUGGGUAUUGAAUGGAUCGGUAGGUCACCUUCUGCCUAGUUCAAGAGUAAUGCUAACAUGUACCAGAAAUGGUGGUCUAGUGGAGCUGGUGACCCAAGAUGCAAGAUUUACAUCGUUAUGGGAAAGAGCUCCCCCAACCACAGUGAUCCCUAUAAGCAACAAUCCGUUAUUUUAGUUCCUGCUGGAACCAAGGGUGUUACGGUAGAAAGGAUGCUUUCCGUUUACGGUUUUGACGAUGCCCCUCACGGACAUGGUCACAUUACCUUCAAGAACGUUAGAGUACCAGCAAGUAACAUGGUACUCGGCGAGGGACGCGGCUUUGAGAUCAUUCAAGGCCGUCUCGGUCCUGGACGUAUCCACCACGCUAUGCGCGCAAUUGGUUCCGUAAGUAUUCUAAUAGCUUAUAUAUCAAAACUAAUUACUGACCAUACACAGGCUGAGCGAGCAAUCGAUUGGAUGUUAAUGCGCAUUAAUGACCCAAAGAAGAAGCCAUUCGGAAAACAACUGAGCUCUCAUGGUGUCAUACUCGAGUGGGUGGCCAAAUCUCGUAUCGAAGUCGAUGCAGCCCGUCUAAUUGUUUUGAACGCCGCCAUCAAAAUGGACGAUUUCGGACCAAAAGGAGCACUAACAGAAAUUGCCGAGGCCAAGGUUUUCGUUCCACAAAUUGCGCUAGACAUCAUUGACCGAGCCGUUCAAGCGUUCGGUGGCGCCGGUGUUUCCCAAGAUACUCCUUUGGCGGCUAUGUGGGCCAACACUAGAACGCUUAGAAUUGUCGAUGGUCCUGACCAAGUUCACUUGCAACAAAUGGGCAAGAUGGAGAACAGAAGAGGACCGGAGGUGACCAAACUCAUUCAGAUGCAAGCCGAGACUUCAAAGAAGCUGUUUGCUCAAUAUAAGGUCACGGAGAUACAACCUGGACCAAAGAAGUCAAAGUUGUAAACGGCGGUUUGUGCGAAUAGUAGUUGAAUUUGAUGGAAGGGAAAAGCAAUUCAACUGGUAUCUAGAGGUCAAAAUGAACGUGAAUUUUUACCGUUUUCCAAUUAAUCAGAUUCGGUAAAUAAUUACAUCUCCUAUCUCAACAC